GAUGCACACUUUUGCUGUGGGUGUGGGUGUUGAGAGAAAGAGAAGGCAGUGAAAAAAGAAAAAACGGAGAGUAAAAUUGCUGCAGUCAUGGACUUGCGCUCAGAACUGCUCAAGUCCAUUUGGUACGCUUUCACCGCUCUAGAUGUGGAGAAGAGUGGAAAGGUGUCCAAGUCUCAACUCAAGGUCUUGUCUCAUAAUCUUUACACAGUUCUGUGUAUCCCACACGACCCAGCGGCUCUCGAGGAACACUUCAGAGAUGAUGACGAUGGUCCAGUGUCCAGUCAGGGAUACAUGCCCUACCUCAACAAAUACAUCCUGGACAAGGUGGUGGAAGGCACGUUCAUCAAAGAGAAUGUGGACGAGCUCUGCUGGACUCUUACUGCCAAGAAGAACUAUCGACCAGAGGGAAAGUGCGUUUUACCUGGAAAAGACGCCUUCCGGCUCUGGUGUCUGUUCAUAUUUCUCUCGGAGGACAGAUAUCCUCUGGUCAUGGUCCCUGAUGAGGUUGAAUAUUUACUGAAGAAGUUGUGCAUGGCUAUGAGCGUUGAGCUGAACUGUGUUGAACUGGAAGACUUUAUUUCCCAAGAUUCUGUUCAGCAGAACGGCUUCAUUGUAUGGGCCUUUCUGGAGAUGAUGAAUUCUGGGAAACUAACGAGGGGCAUUGCCAAAGAAACCAUCAGUAUGGCCAUAGAGGAGGUGUACCGGGAAAUAGUGGGUGAUGUGUUGAAAGAGGGAUAUCUGUGGAAGAAAGGUCAGUUGAGAAGAAACUGGAUUGAACGUUGGUUCACCCUCCAACCCAGCACUUUAAUUUACUUCACUAGCGAGGACCGCAAAGACCGCAAAGGCAACAUUCAGCUCGAUGGAAACUGCUGUGUAGAGGUUCUUCCUGACAGAGAUGGGAAGAGGUGUAUGUUCUGUCUGAAGACGCUCAGCAAGACCUAUGAACUCAGUGCAUCUGACACCAAACAGAGGCAGGAGUGGACUACAGCAAUCCAAACAGCCAUCCGGCUGCAAGUGGAGGGUAAAACUUCUCUUCAUAAGGACCUAAAGCAGAAACGGCGUGAGCAGCGGGAACAGAGAGAGAAGAGGAGGGAGGCGAAGGAGCAGGAGCUGCAGCGCUUACGGGCCCUGCAGGAGGAGCGCGAGAGGAAGAUGGCAGAGCUGGAGCUGCUGAAGGAGGCGCAGAGGCAGGCGCAGGCGCUGCUGGAGCAGGACGAACUCCGCAGACGACAGCAACACGAACAACUCCAGCAGGCCCUGGAGAUCCAACUCAAAGAGGCUGAAGAGGCGCGGGCGAGCAUGCAGGCUGAGAUGGCGCUGAAGGAGGCUGAGGCUGAGAGACAGAGAAAACGAAUCAAAGAACUGGAGGCCAUGCAGCAGCGGCUGGAGGAGGCGUUACAACAGGAAAUCAAAGCCAGGCAGGACGAAGAGGCCUUCCGCUACGCACAGGCUCGGCUACUGGCUGAGGAAGAGGAGAAGAUGAAGGCCCUUAUGUCUCUCCGUGAGGAGCAGGAGGAAUAUAUCCAGCGUGCCCAGCGGGAGAAACAAGAGCUCAAACAGGAAAUGGAAAGUAAGUCUCGAUCUCUGGAGGAGGCACAGAUGCAGCUGGAGGAGGUCAGAGCCAAUCGCCACCGAGUGGACCAGGAUGUGGUGGCUGCUCAAAGGAAGCUUCGUCAGGCCAGCACCAAUGUUAAACACUGGAAUGUUCAGAUGAACAGAUUAAUGCAUCCAAUUGGACCAGGAGGUACGCACAUUACCUUAGGGUUAGAAAAGCGGCCCUCAGGAAGCGGAUCUUUUUCCAGCUUUCGCGUCCCUUCGCAGAAGGAUUCAGGACUACGUUUGAGGCAGAAAUCAGAUGAGCAGGAUGAGGAAAGCAAAGAAAACGUGGAAAGCAGAGGAGGGUGUGAAUCUGACAAGCGUUUGUCUACAAAUGGAGAUAUGGAAAUACCUUAACCUCAUAAGAAGAAAUAAAAUCUCUCUUCCUCAAAGUCAAGACUGAUUUGAAUGAAGGAAGGUUAUUUUUGCUAGAUGCCAAGACCUCAUGCCGUUGAAAAAAAGGAUACUUUUUAAUAUUGUCAGUGUUUGUUAAUAGCUUGUUAUUAAAUAAUGUUUUGUACACUU